AUGCUGUGUCCGCGCCUUCCAUGCCUCCAACAGGUGGUAGAGGCCGCCGUGAAGAUUGACGGGUGGAACAGGCGCGCCAAGGGAAUCCCACAAUACAUCGGACGCCUCAUCCACGCCGUCGACUACCUCAGGUGGAGCGAGAAUGAGGGAGCAAAGUAUUACGCCUCAACGCAGAUCACGCGGCAGCACAGCAAGGAGAGCAGAAGAGAAGGCAAUGAGAAUGAGGAGCAGACAAACGAGAGUGAAGAUGACGACGAAAAAAGUGACUGCGAGGAAAAACUGACAAAGGAGAAGAAAGAGGUGAUGAAGAAAGAUGUCCUGCGUCUUCUCCUGCUUGGGGCUGACCUGAAGCACGUGCUGUGCACCCUGCACUCCACUCCUGACCUCUGUCCCCAGGUCCUGGAGUUCACGUUGGUGGAGGCCAGCCCUCACAUCCUGGCGAGGGACCUGCUGCUGCUGUACCUGCUUCUGCCUGCUGAGGCCCCAGAGCAACCCACGCAGCUGCACGCCCACGCUGAGAAGGUGGUGCUGGUGAUGUACUCCCUGGCGCUGGACAUGGAGGCCCACGCUCUGCUCUGCAACACGCUGCACAACCUCCUCAACAUGACUCACGCGGCCUUCAUGCACGAGACGCGAGGGCAGGUUCGGGUGGAGGCGGGCAGCUUUCCCCUGGUGCAGGCGGUGUGGCAGGGCUGGAUGAGUCUGGCCAAUGACCCCGCGGCCAUGCAUAAACUGGAGAAGAGCCGCGCCCACAAGAUAUCCUCGGCGGGCGUACGUGAAGUCCUGGCCCGUUACGUGCGCUCAUGCCCGCGGGAGCACCAGCGGUCCCUCUCAGACUGGCUGAAGCGAGGCUCCCUGCGGCGGGGACGUGGCAGCAGAGGUGGCGACUUCCCCAAUGUGACACUCACGUGCUUCAGCCCGCGGCGUCGUGACCCGCGCCACCCGCCGCUGGACGUAGCACCCCGUGGCUCCGAGGAGGCUGAGUGGGCCAGCACGGCGGGCCCGGAUGACCACAUGGUGUAUGCCCCGCACGGCAUUGACAUGGUUUUUCAAGACUGGGAUUUCUCGGCGGUUGCUGCUGGUGGGGGCGGUAGCGGGAGCUUACUGGACAUGUACCGGGCUUACCUCACGCGAGUGUUGGUAGCUGCCGCCCGCAGCCUGAAACAACCUGGCCGCGUGCAGCUCACUUUUUUGCGGGUGGAGGUGCGCGCCCUGGCCGCCGACCCCCGGGUGCUGCGUGGCGGUUUUGACAGGAUAGCCACGGGCGUGCACGCAGAUCUUCUGGGCACGCCCUUUGUGCUGCAGCACUUCGGCGGCCUGCUGCGUUCAGACAACCCAUACGCCCGGCUGCUCACACACCACCGCGUGUGGUCGCUCUGUUUAGACUGGCACAGCGAUCAGCAGGCCCGGGAAGCGUGUUCCAGGAGCCUGCGGAGUGGUCGCCCCCCAGACCCGCUGCUGUUGCUGGCGGGCCGCUGGGCCACAUUUCGCCACUUCCUGCAGGCGGAACUGCUGCAUCACUUACACCUUCUGGAAGGCCGUCCUAUGACUCCCGAAAGUGUGCCGCUGUUCGGCGCCGUGAGCCGCGCCUACGGUCUACAGCUGAGUGAUUACAGCCGCCUUCUGAACCACGUGGUGCCAUUCAGGUUCACGGCAGAUCGGCGAGCCGUCAGCAUGGUGGACUCUCGCCUCCACACCCUGGAGUGGCACCGCGCCUCCCGUGCUACUCGCUCCCCACUGCCCACAAAGGCCGCAGCUCCACAGAAGCAAACAGCGGCGCAAAAGCACGUCGCGCUCAAAAAGCAAGCCCAAAGAGAUGCCACACCCAAGAAGACAUCACUGUCCCAAAAGGACGCCACGUCUCGAAAGAUAUCCGGGUCUCAAAAGACUGCUGUGCCCCUAAAGCUCCCACCACCACCCUCAGCCAGCCCGCCUCGCGGCAAUGACUCAUCGGCACACAACCUCCACACCCUCACCACCGUGACCCAGAGUGCUCCCGGGCCCGUCUUGCGGAACAGAAGUGUAUCCCCGGAGUCACGGACGUCCUCCACCUCGCCCCGCCUUGCCCAGGACGGAUCCGCUGGGCCCCGCACCAAUGGGCGACCUCGACCACGAAGCAUGGACGAAUCUCCCUUCAGCAGUUCACCGCCAAGCCCUGAAUUAGACCAAACUCUUAUCCGUCCUCGGCCCGCAUUCUCGUCCAUCCGUCCCUACAGCGAGAUCCCGGAGGGCAUCAGCCGCCGCGUGCGGCAAGCAUUGCUGGGUCACGCCGGCAAGGGGGACCGACCACCGGCUAAGAGUGCCCCAGCCUCGCCCCAGCUUGCCCGCCGUCUGCGGCCUGUAAGGGAGAGAGCAAGCAUCUUUGAACGAGGAGUCGCUACCCGCGCCACCUACCCCGAGGCGCGCCGCACGGUCAUCCCGAUGGCGGCCAGCACGCCCGUUAGAAAGCUCGUCUCUAUGUUUUCUCGUGCCUUCGUCAAGGAUCGUGACAAGGAGCGGGAUGGAACUUUGGGAUCACAGAGCCGCGCUCCGCGGAGCCACAGCCUCCACGAAGGCCGCACCGAGGCGCUUACCAAAAGCUUCACUAACUCUCUUAGGUUUCCCCGCAAGGAGGCCUCGGGGAGUGCUGGAGACACCAGCACCUUCCCACGACGAGCGCGGCCCCACUCAGUGGCCGUCAGUAAGUUCUCGUACCUAGAGAGCGAAGCCAAAGACAAGUCCCUGGGCAGCCAGUACUUCCGGCAGGAGGCAACAGCCUCGCCCAUCAGAAGUCUGGUUUCUGGCUUGAACACCAUAGGAGUGAGUCCUGCUGCCCCUGCGGCCGCCGCCGCAGCAACCACCCCAACAUUGCCACUGCGCGAGACCAUCACGGUGCGCCGCGAGGACCUGCGACUUGUAAACCUGCGGCCAGGAAGCCCUUCGCCACCCUCCCCUGUGGUGCCCUGCCUGCACUCCACCGACUGGCCCCCGACCACCCUCGCACCGGCGUGUUCCUCCCCCCGUCUUCAAUGGCAGCAGGGAAGCAAGGGAGCCAAGGAUAUCCCAAGCGAGCCCAAGUACGAGGCUCCUCCCCUUCACGGCUCUCGCUCGCCUCGUAGUCCCCGCUCACCGCGCCUUGCUGUGUGGCCUCCUCCUAACAAACCCACCACCUCUGACCACUCAGGCACCCUGCCCCACUCCCGUUCUCGCUCCCACUCCCCAGCCUCGCCUCACAUCCCAAUCGCGCGCUACACACCAACUCCUCCGAAAAAUCCGGUCCCUCCAAACACACCCGACAUCCCUCGCAUCCCGGCCUCUCACCGCCCCUCACAGCUGCCCCUCAUCCCGACCUUCACGCCUCCUAACCCUCCGCCGCAAGACACACUCCACGCAAACUCAGCUGCAACUCCGGGCACUUCCCUCUUCCCUGUUGAUGACGGUGCCUCGUCUGGAAAGGGGAGGGACGACGACAAGUACCGGUUGGAAAGUAUAUUCUCGCCUCGAAGUUCCCCCAGGAGAGAGUGGAGUGGAGCGGAGAGGGAGAUGGCAGCCACUAGCGCCCUGUGUACUGUGGAAGUCCAUCAGCCACAAGAGGGCGGAGAAGCGAUGGAGGAGCAGGAGAACAAUAGGAGAGAGAAUGAUGAGGAUCAGGAGAAGGAAACGGAAAAGGAGGAUGAGCUGGUGUUGGAGGAGGAAGAAAAGGAUGAGGAGAAAAAAGAACAAGAUAAAAUAGAAAAGGGAGAUUCUGGGGAGGAAGACGUAGCAAAAAGAGAACCCCAAACAAAUGAAUACAACGGAGAGAAUGAAGAGAUGGAAAUUGGAGAAGAUAUUGUGCCUGAUGAUGAUGAUGAUGAUGAUGAUGAUGAUGAUGAUGAUGAUGAUGAUGAUGAUGAUGAUGAUAGUAAACGCAAGUGUGAGUCACUCGGGGAGGAGGAGGAGAAGGAAGAGGAGACACAAAACACAGAAAUGAUAAUUGAAGAACAGGAGGAUAAGGAAAGAGAAAGUGAUCAUGAGGAGACGAAAGGGGAAGAGGAGGAGACAAUAAGGAACACAGGAAUGACAGAUGAAGAACAGGAGACUAACGAUCAAGAGAGAAGCGAAAAGAGGGACGAGGAUGAAGAUGAGGACCAGGAGAAUGAGGACGAGGAUGAAGACGAGGAACAAAAGAAAGAGGAAGAGACGAACAGUGAUCAAGACAAAAUAGAUAUACGAGAGGAGGAAAAAGAGGAGGAGAAGGAGAAUGAGGAGGAGAUGGAGCAUAAGGAAGAGGAGAAUGAAGAGGAGGAAGAGGAGCAGAAUGAAGAGGAAGAUGUAAUGAUAUUGAGGGAAAAGGAAGAAAAAAUAAUACAAGAAAAGGGAGAAAUGGAAGAAAGAAAAGAGAAAAAGAAAAUCACAUUUGAAAAUAUUGAUAUACCAGAGUGGGAACAGAUGGAAAAGGAGGAAGGAGAAGGUACAGAUGAGGAAGAGGUGAACGAAGAAAAUAAGGAGGAUGAGGAGGAAAAGGGGGAGGAAGGUGACGCAUCCAUGUCUGUGUCCCUGACAGAGGCGGACAUGGAGGUGUUGGAGCUGCUGGCUAAACCUGAGCGUCGAGGCUUCUGUCCGAUACGGGAGGAGAGUGUGGCGCCAAGCGGCAAGGUGUGGCCGCGUGCAGGCGGUAGUCAGCCCGAGCCUCAGCCUGAAGCAGCGGUCCCCGAGGCUGAAGCACGCACCACCUCCGUCUGUGAGAUGGUGGAGCACUUUUCUCAGCGCAUCCAGGAGCAGCAGACCAGCACCCGGAGCCAUGCCAGGCCCGCCUCCUGGCAUGUUGACUUCACCCAGGCAUCCUUCAGGGCAGGUUUGCUUGGGGCUGCCUCACAGGGAGGCACUAACGGCGUCACGGGGAAAGGAAAUAACACCAGUUCGUCAUCUCCGCCUUCCAGCCGGGAUGAGAGCACGAGGAAGCCCAAUCUGGAUGAAUGUAAUCCACCGCGGCUUCUUGGUGGGGAGAAGGGACAGCGCAGCCGCAGUGUUUCACUAACUCCUCCACCUGUACCACCACGACCUCCUCGACCUGCGCGCCCCAUGUCUAUCGGCUCCUGGAUACAGCAAGAUUAUGAGCGGGUGUCACCAUUCCAGGAUGUCAACCAAUCCAGCAGCCCAGCCCCGCUCCACGCUGACAGACCUUGCAUGAAGGACGCUAUCUUCGAUCUUUCCGACGACGAGGAGCCAGUGUACGCUCUGGACCAAGGGAGGAAAGACCUGGGGCAAGAUGGACCUAGGCAAGAGUUUAUUGAAAAACUGGAGCGACUUGAGAGUAGCCGCGUCGUGGAGGACACCGGCGACACCGAGAGGUUCUUUACCGGGGAACUGGAAGGUGUGGUGUCUUACUCGGUGCACGUUGACACUCUGCCGCUGUCCACGCAGGAGGCAGCAACACAAAUACGAGCUUCAGACCGGGAGCGAGGCACCACGAGGGACAGGCCUCCCAGCCCUAUCCCAACAUUAGGAGUCGCGGGUCUGAGGCCCAGCAGGAUGGGCGGUCUGGACAAGAUGUCCUUCAGGGAACUAGUAAAGACGAGCCUCGCCGAAGAGGACGCCCGCCGCCCAUUGUCUCCAGGGAUCGUGGUGGAACACAGCCAGUCCGUGGGAGCGGCGCUCCAAGCCAACCUAUCAGACCAAGGCUCAAUUGAGGAGGCACUCGAUGCCUUGUCUUUCUUGGCUGACCAGCCCGACGAGGAAAUCGAUAACCAAACCAGAACGUCUUUCACUAGGCGAUGGCGGCUGCCCAGCCUUCACUCCUCUUCGGACCUAGAAGACGAACAAGAACCCGAACCUCACCUCUGGUUUAGUCCACAAGAGUCCCAGAGGAAUUCCUUCAGGCUGUGGGGCAGCCUCACGCGACAGGGCAAGGUGACAGUGAGUCGGGACGGCGAGGCAGAAGGAGGAAACAAUGAGGGCAAAACCCAAGAUGGAGAGGCCAGUGACGCCGCCGGUCGUGUUUCCGAGAGUCCGGUGCAGCACCGAGUGGCAAGGAGCACCGCCCCCACCAUUAUAUCGAUGACGCCCAAACUGAGAGGAUCAGGUUCCCCCGCCAUGGGAGGGAGGCGGGAGAGGACACCGCCGCCUGAGCUCCUGCCCAGAAGGAGACAACCCUCGCCCCGUGACUCAGCUGGAGACCCGCUCUCUGUGUCGCUGCUCAAGCUACUGGCACCUUUGGGAGACUCUCCACCUAAGGAGCAGACCGACGAGCAUCCUGACAACACGCCAUCCACCAGCUCGCCGCCGCAGACUGAACCUGCAGCAAUACUGCGGCAGGGGCGGCCCCUCACUGGCGUGCUGAAGACUAGCCGCGAUCCCAGCAGGGAGGCGCGGCGCAGUCUGCGGGUGUCCUGGGGAGAUUUACCGGAGGACUUUGACGAUCACGAAGACUAUUCCACGGAAACUUCCGCGGUUCCUCCCACCGUGGAGGAGCGUGGCUACCGCGUCACGCCGCUGUGAGGCGCGGUGUGCACUAACCCGCCAGCCCCAAUGCAAGGCUUUCAACAGCGGUAAUCCAUGUUAUUUCCCGCCCAAUGAUAAACCCCUUCCUCAUCCUGGACUCCCGAGCUUGACGAAGUCUUAGAACACACACGCACACACACACACACGAAAAAUGCUAACAAAUAAACACGGGAAAACAAUCUGACAAACAUACAUAUACACACACAACAACACGUGUUACAAGUUGGCACAACUCUCUCUCUCUCUCUCUCUCUCUCUCUCUCUCUCUCUCUCUCUCUCUCUCUCUCUCUCUCUCAUGAAAACAAGUUAAAUUGAUAAAUAGACACCUCCCCAAGAAGCCAACAGCGUAGGGCCGGAAAAGUAAAAUAAAAAAGUAGCUUGUUUACAUUAUUACGCAUGGAAUGAGUCGCUUGCAAGCGGCUGCCUCUCUCUCUCUCUCUCUCUCUCUCUCUGGUAUUAACCCUCCAUGCGUUGGCUUGUGACUCACGGUGGCGGCCCGCGGCGACCCACAGGAAGCAAUGGUAUCGUCGUGUUGGUCAACAGCUGCAGCGCUCCUCUUUACCUCUCCCCGUUGGACCGACAUCAUGAACGCUACAUUUUCACGGUAUUUGGUCCAUUAUCAUUUCUGCUUUUCGUAUAUUUUUAGCCUUUUGCAAAUAAAUGAUACACUCUU